AUGGAAAGCUCGAGACUUUUGAAACUGUCGGAGACAACUCUGGGCGGAUCCGGCGUGGCGCUUCACUACGCAAAUCUGAUAGUCAUAAUGGAAAAGAUGAUAAAGCAACCCCAGUUGGUGGGUCUCAACGCGAGAGACGAUCUUUGCUCGAUGUUGCCGGCGACCGUGAGAUCCUCACUCAGUUCGAGAUUAAAAGGAGUUGGGUUCAGGGCGAAUGCAUUGCAUUAUGCAGCUCCUAACGCCGAGACCAAAGAUAAUGUCACGCCAUUGUUAUCAGCAGUGGCGGCUGGUUCUAUGGCAUGCUUAGAGCUGUUGGUCAAGACAGGUGCCAAAGCUAAUGUUUUUGCUGGUGGUGCAACUCAGUUGCUAAUGUUAGAGAUUUGUGAUGGCAAUAGGCCAUUAGAAGUUGCAUCUCUAAGAGAGAACAUAAAGAUUGCUGAGACUCUCUUCAUGUUCUCUCUCCAGAAGCAAAGGGGAAAGGCACAGAAGCAAAAGCAAGAGGACAAGACGCAUUCCAUAUUCCCAUCGACGCUUACACACAAAUCAUACCUUCUUCUUAAACGAAGCCUCUGUUGGUUGCGAUUAGGACAAGUUGAACAUGCCUUAUCAGAUGCUAAAGUCUGCAGAGAACGGAAACCUGAUUGGCCUAAAGAAUGUUUCCGCGAAGGUGCUGCUCUUCGUUUGCUACAGCGAUUUGAUAAGGCUGAAAGCAUCAAUGAUCUCUUUUUACGAGAGAGUAAAUCAAGGAGAUCAUUGAUGCUUUCAGAGGACGAAACUAUUUAUUAUAUUUCUUCGAGCACUUGCCAUCCCGAAGCAACCGAGUGGGUUACUGAAGGUUUAGUUUGUUAUCUUCGUUAUAGAAGUGAUUCACGUAAGCACAGCAAUAUUGUCUAUGCAAACCGUCGCUUCUAUUGCCUAGACGAUAAAGGACGCUUAUAUUACUUUGAACCGUCUUCUCGAGAAUGGUCUUUUAGUUACACGUAUUCACCGCCGUGUCCUUAUAUCUCUGCUAGAUAUGAGCGAAAGAAGAAAAGAGUUUUCUUGGCGGUGCGUAAAGGAGUGUUCUUUACAAUAUAUACAUGCGGAGGUGAGAAACCUAUGGUGUAUAAACUGGAUGAAUCUUCGGACUGGGAGGAGAUCAAUAGUACUACGCUUGAUGGCUUGACAAUCUUCACGAGUCUUUAUUCUUAUGAGAUGAGAGUUAAUCUCCCAUGGAUGAGGCAUAGUGUUUACUUCCCGAAGGUUCGUUUAAGCAACAAGUGUUGUGUAUCGUAUUCGUUUGAUGAAGAGAGGUACUUCCCGCGUAAGCAGUGGCAGGAACAGGAGGACUUAUGUCCUGUUGAGAAUCUUUGGAUUAAGCCACCUGAGAAAGCUAUAGAGUACAUGUGA